GUGGCCCUCGGGAGACGGGACGACACCCCCAGCGAGCCACCCCCGGCCGGCUCGGAAGCGGGGUUCGAUUUAAACUAGGGCUCUGGCCCCCUGACCCCCAGCAAGCCCCGCCCCUUCCUGGUUGUCUUGGCGACGGCGGUGGCGUCCCAAGAUGGCGUCGUGGCUGCCGGAGACGCUGUUCGAAAUUGUAGGACAAGGCCGGGCGCCGAGCAAGGACUAUUACCAGUUAGUGGUCACCAGGUCCCAGGUAAUCUUUAGAUGGUGGAAGAUCUCUUUGAGGAGUGAGUAUCGAUCAACAAAACCUGGAGAAGUAAAAGAAAACCAUGAAUACUUCCUCGAGAACGCAAAUCUUCAAGUUCAAGUUGCCUUAAUAUUUGGUGGAAGAAUAUUAGACUAUAUCUCUAAUUUAUGCAGAGGUAAAUUUGACUACCUAGAGCGGCUCUCAGACACUUUGCUCCUGCAUAUCAUCUCUUAUCUGGAUCUUGAAGACAUCGCCAGUCUUUCUCAAACAUCACGGAGAUUUGCAAAGCUGUGCAUGUCGGACACACUGUGGGAGCAGAUAGUCCGGCUGGCCUGCGACAAUAUCACCUCCGACAUGAGGGCGCUGGCCUUGGACAUCGGCUGGCGACAGAUAUUCUUCACCAACAAGCUGCAGCUCCAGCGGCAGCUCCGCCGGAGGAAACAGAACAGGAAGCCGACAGGAGCGCCAGUCAUCUGAGGGAAAAACUUCCCUCCCUGCAGCAGACGUGAGGCAAAUGUGUCCAAAUCCCUGUUUCCUUUGACUCAGAACUCAGGGGAAAAGUAAAAUACUGAUAUUUUGUGAUGAUUUCUAGUUCAAUGGUAGCAAAUAAGAACAUUUCAUUUACAAACUAAAAAUAAAUUAUUUUA